AUGGAGCUCCGCACGCAGUAUCUGCUGCUCCUAUUCAUGUUCGGCGUGAUCGCCAAGGGCAUGGUGAAGUCCGCCUUCGGAUCGAACCUGUCCAUCCUGCUGCUCGUAUGCGUGGGCAUCUACUACUGGCGUACUAAAGAGAAGGAGAAAUGCGUGUACGAUGAUAUCGCCCGCCAACAGGCAGUGGCUGCCGCAAAGCUGGACGCGCUGCACGGCAUCGGUGACGGGAAGGUUACUGAGCUCAGCAUGGCUAUGCGCAGGACGUCCUUCAAGCUCAGCGAGUCGGACUCGGGUGUCAUAACGGACCGCAUCCGCCAGUACUCGAGCAAGCUAGGCGGAUCAAGAAAAGACCGUCAGAAGUUCCUGCGGAAGAAUUCGAAGACAAAGAGAGUGGAAACAAUUGACAUCAAUGACCCUACGCAAAAAGCGAUCGAGUCGAUCGUGGAGGAGGCUGUCGACGCCACAAUGUAA